AUGACAAGAGGUCCUAGCGCAAUCGUGAUCGCGGGCCCGUCCGGCGUCGGCAAAGGCACUCUGAUCGAGAAGCUGCGUCAAGAAUUCCCCACCUUAUUCGGCUUCUCCGUCUCGCACACGUCUCGCGCCCCGCGCCCCGGGGAAGAGAACGGCAAGCACUACCACUUCACGACAGCCGAACAGAUCGAGUCCGACGUAGCGAAAGGCAAGUUCAUCGAGCACGCCGAGGUGCACGGGCGCCACUACGGAACGUCCGUCGCGGCCGUGGAGACCGUGAGAGAGCAAGGCAAGAUCUGCAUACUCGACAUCGACGUGCAAGGGUGCCGCGCAGCGAGAGCGAAGGAGCUUGUGGCAAAGUACGUUUUCAUUGCGCCGCCAAGCGUAGAGGAGCUCGAGAAGAGGCUCAGGGGGAGGGGCACAGAGGAGGAGGCGGCCAUUGUCACGAGGUUGGGGAAUGCGAUGAGGGAGAUCCAAGCCAAGGACGAGAAGGGAUUAUUCGAUGCUGUUAUCGUUAACGAUCAGCUUGACAAAGCGUACGCAGAGCUUAAGGAGCUAAUCAAAGGCGAUGUGGAAGAAGCGAUUAAGGCGCAGGCGUGA